AUGGCUUCUAAUAAUGAAACUGCAGUAGUAAAGAAGGCUGUUCUGAAGAUUUCCAAGGCUGAAGACGUGAGGAAAGAAACUGAACUGCUGAUGAAACCUUACGCUAACUGGGAAGAAUACCUGAUGCCCGGUCCACUCUCUAUAGCUAUUUUAGGAGAGCUUGUCUUUAUUUCUUCCAAUACAGAUUUCUCUAUAAAUAAAAAUCCACCAAAGGAUGGGUUCAAGUACAUCAAAUACCCCGAUUCGUUCCGAGCCUCUCUCAUGCAGGUCAGCAAUUCAGGGUGGGCCGCUUUCAACGAGGCCCACAAGAACAUGGACCAAAUUCGACUCCACUCCAACAAUGUACCAAACUACAUGAAAAUGACAGUGAAGACACUUCUUCAAGACAAUAUUGAAAUCGUCCAGGCUCUACUCCCAGCUCAACUUGAAAACAUAAGAACAAUUGCUGAUGAAUGCACAAGGCUUGCAGAGUCAACAGAGAAGAAAUUCACUGAUGUUAUUCUCCUCAUCGGGGAAAUGCUAGAGGCCUGCUUGAACUCAAAGCAGUGUUACGAAGAAGACAUCAAGAAUGUCCAGUUGAAAUUAGAAGAAGCAAAGUUAAAGAAAGAGUCAGCAGACAUAGCGAAAAAGCUGGCAGAGAAAAAUUUUAGUAAGAUGGAAAACCAGCUGGAUGAAGUCCAUAAACAGUUCACAGAAGCGAUGGAGUCCAUGCCCAGUGGCUGGGAUAUGAUUGGCAUGAACUUUGUGGAAGGAUUGACAAAUACAUUUAACACUUUAGUAUCGGGUGUAAUGGGAAUAAUCACUGAACCAUUGCAAACAAUUUCUGCUGCAGUAAAUCAUAAAGGCAAAGAAUCUAACCCCUAUCCAGCAAAUAACAUUUAUUCCAAAGCAGGGCAACUCCUGAAACUGGCAGAGCAGAUCCACAGCUUUGUGGAUAAAGACAAAAUCAAAUGGAAUGAAGUGUAUGACCAAAAGACUAGCUCUGCGAAAUCAUCCUGGUUGAAGAAACAGUUUGAAGACAUUCAAAGUUCAAUUGAACGAGAGGAAAGCUGCCAGGUUAAAGAGAAGACACUAGAGAUUUGUAAAGAUGCAAUUUUUAACUGUGACCUCUUGACAGAAUUUGCACCCAAAGAGGGCUGUGAAGCAGAAAAGGAGAAGCAACUCAUUGCCAAGAUCCAGAGCCUGAAAAAAGAAACCCAGCAGUUUGACUCAGAGAGCAAGGCUUUCACAAAUUCUUCAAGCUUUUCUGCCACUCCGCCACAAAUGGCCAAAAACGCACAAAGUGGAGGCAAUAAAAGUUCUGCCCAAAUGGCAACUGAAAAUGCCCGAUUCCGUAUAGAGCAGAGCAGAGCCCAGCUGGAACAAGUCCAAGAGAUGUACCAGAAAAGUGUGGAAAACCUGGAGAAGAACAACAAGGAACUGUCAGAGAUCCUGGUCACAAUGAGAAGCUGCGAGAUUAAGGAAAUAGACUUCAAGACAACUGUGAAGAUGCUGGUCAAGGGCCUUGAUGCAAUGGGACAGGUGAAGGAGCAAUGGGAGAAAAUGGUCCGGUUCUUCCAGAUGAUCUCCAAUUUAAUCAAGACCUGCCUCAACACGUCUCUGAAGAACUUUGUCUCUACUGCAAAAAACAUUCAAGGUAUACAAGGUUAUUCCUCCAAUGCCUUUGUAAAAGACAUGAUUUACACCCAGGCUUUCAAUGCUUCUAACAUUGCCAACCUGGUCUACAUGAUCUCAGGAACCUACACAGAGGUCUCCAGCAAGUAUCUCAUGGACCGAGUCAGCAGUCUUGGGACGCUCAUGGCCUUAGAUCCCAGCAACCCUACCUUUGAAGGCGAGCGUAUAAAACUGGGACAGGACUGUGACACCGCACAGAAAGAAAUCUAUAAACUUGUGUUGAAGAGGAAGGAGGAGUUUGAAAGGGAAGGAAAGAAGAGAAUUGAGAUAAUUGAUCAGGAGUUACUGGCGGUGUUGCCCCCAGCUUCGGAUGAAGAGAUCAAGGAAAUUAAAGCAAAUGUCCAAACAGGGAUGAAGGAAAUAACUGCAGAAGAGGAGGAUCAAUUUGCUUAA